CAAAUAUGGCGGCGGCCAGGAGUUUGUUUUUGGUUCGACGAUUUCCACGAUUUAGAGUUGGACUCGUUCCUGUGCGAGGACUGGCGGAAGGUGAAGACGUCAGCAGCUUUCCUUUGAGGUUUUCAUCACCGUCUCAGGCCUUUUUUGACAACACGCGAGUAGUUCAAGUAGACGUACCAGCUACUAGUGGAAACUUUGGUAUCUUACCCAAACACGUGCCUUCUCUCGCCGUCCUUCGACCUGGCGUAGUGACAGUUUAUGAAGGCGACAAGAACUCUAAAUAUUUUGUGAGUAGUGGAACUGUGACGGUAUUGGAUGAUGCUUCUGUUCAGAUAGUAGCAGAAGAGGCUGCUCAUAUUGAGAACUUGGAUAUUCAGGCCGCCAGAAGUGGUUUAGAACAAGCCCAACAACAACUCACGUCUGCAUCAGAAGAAACCAAGGCGGAAGCUAUGGUAGCCGUAGAGUUGUAUGAAGCAAUCUUGAAAGCUUUAGAGUAGACUUUACGGACGGUUGACUAUAUAUCGUGUGUAUUGUACUGCUUGGUAACUCUCUUGUCAAUAGUAUGCCCAGUUACACCAACUAAAAAUGUUUGAAAACUUUAUUGCCACUGUUCAUGUUAUUUGUUACUUUUGUUUGAGACUCGACAUUACUACUAAGGCUUAGACACAAACAUUUGAAUGACA